CAAAGGUACAAUCACUUGACUAUAUAAACACACACUCACACAAACACACCUGUUUUGAUUGUCUAACGCCGAAGUGCAGUGGAUGAUGAAAAUGAAGCUAUAGACAAAUCCUCCGAGAACUCUGUGUAUUUUCCGGUGAUUUUCUCAUCUCCACUGUGCUGCCAUUUUGCGCUUCUGUCGGUUGCCUAUGGUGUUCCUGAGUUACAUUCUUGUUUGUGGCCUCUGUGUGUUUUGGGCGUGACAAUAUGUUUGACACAGUUGCUUGAUUGCUGUCAUGUCUGAUGCUUCUUUAGCAUCUUUAUUGUGGCUAUUGCUUCUUAGAGGAUUCAAUCUGGAAGCACCCCCAACUUUGACUUGCGAGUUGCGUGUAUCUUUUACUGGACCACUUGCGAAUAACAGGGCAGACUGGUAACUCACUGUAUCUGAAGCUUUGGAACAGCCCUUAAUGGCUUGCCAGCUAUCUAAAUCACCUCUUCCAGGGAUUUGGGUCAUCGAAACACUAGCACGGUCUAAUCAAAUUGAUCCAUCUCUUCUACUUGAUUUGGUUGAGAAGUCUCCACUAUUAUCUGAUGAUCUUGGUAGAAAUGCAAGAGAACUGGUGUCCUUGAGAAUCUUAGAAAGCUUUCUCGUUCAGGGAGCUCCAUCCAAAUAUGUAUCUACUUCAAGUCCGAAAAUUGGAUUUGAUCCAUCUGAGAGCUGUGAGGAAGUCCUAGAAGAGAUAUUACUGGAGACAUCUUUAUCAAAUGCAAAAGCUGCUGGACCAGAUAUGUGGAAAUGGGAUAUUCAUCCCUUUAUAGCGCAUAAAAGGUGUAGCUUGGAUAAACACACUCUACAAAAGCUGAAGGAUGCAAUUCUUUCAGGUAGCCCCUCCUUUUUUGCAUCCUUGAAAGAUCAAAGUGGCUUGUCAGGUGGGUAUCAACCUGAGAGUGUAGUUAAAGUGGAUGAUGAUAAAUGCAAUAGCAUUAAGCCUGGAUUUGAUGGACCUGAUAGAAAUGCCCAUAUCAGUGAGGGGAAUGAUCAGUUGAUUUCUCCUGCCCCUGGAGAUAUCAGUUACCUCUUACCCAGUGAUUUGCCAAAUGAAGACUUAUUAUCAGUUAACAGGAAGAGAAGUGCCACAACUGACAGUGCAGGAGGCAAGUCCUCUAAAGACCAGAUCAUAUCAAAGAAUGGUUGUAAUAACCAUCUAAAAACUGUCAAGAAGCAUAAGAAUGACGUUAUCCACAACAAACAGGAUUUAGGUGGGAAAUUAAUAUCUUCAGGUGUAAAUGAAGAGUUAGAAGAUGCAUCUAAGGUAGUUGCACAAGAAAGUGAAAGAGAAAGCUGCUGCCUGGACAAAAAUACUCAUGUUGCGGAUGUUGAAUUACAUGGACCUCCUGCAGAUGAUAGUAAUGAGCAUAUUUCAGAUCUUGUUGGUCCUACUGAAGUUUUGCCUCGUGAAAAUCAGGUUCCUCAUUUCGACAAUAAACUGUCAAAUGAUGAGGAACAUGGGCAAGAAAAUGAGAUUGGAGAACUGAAAGGUGACAUGCAAGGUUUUUCUAAUAAAAAAUCUUCUGAAAACAUGGAUAACUUUGAGCAAGAUAUUCAAGAGAAUGUCCCCAAUGGUGAGGAGGAAGAAAAUCUCCACCUCUCUAAUGGUAGCCAGUGCACAUACCGUCAAGAUUGCUUAGCCACUAAGUGGAGAGAUCUAAUUCUGUUAGCCAACAUAUCUUCAAGAAUUCUUCAGUCCAGUGAAGUUCUAGGUUGCAGCUUGGGGAAACAAACUUGUCUUGGGGGCAUGGAACAAAUUGAGCCUGGAGAUGGUAAUAACAAGUUCAUUUCGUCAGAGGCACUUGGUGGGCGAGAUGAAAUUUUGCAUCAUGAAACGCAGGUUUGUCAUCGUAGCACUAAAGCACCCAACAAGAAUUCUGAUGAGGAACAGGGGCGCAAGUAUGACUCUGAGAAUGUAGUUGGUGAGGAAGGUCCCUGUAAGCUCAAAACAACUAAGAAAUACAUGGAUAAAUUUGAGCAAAAUUUUGAUAGGGAUAUGCGGAAUAUUUGUGAAGCUAAAGAUGUUUAUAUUUCAAUUGAUGGUGAUUGGUAUCAUAAAGAAUUGAUUGAUAUUGCUAAAAAGAAGAAAGCUUUCUUGAGUUCUAGGUGCACAUACGGCCAAGAUUCUCUGGCAACAAUUGAUUGGAGAGAGCUAAAUGCUUGUGUGAAAUGUCACAAAGCUGGAAAGUUAUUGGUUUGUAAUACUAAAUCCUGCCAGUUAGUCAUCCAUGAGAACUGUUUGAGUUCUGAUGCGAAACUUUACAAAAGGAGAAAGUUUUACUGCCCAUUUUGUGCACACUCUCGAGCAAUCUCAAAGAGCGUGAAAAUUAAGAAAAAGGUCUCCUUAACAAGAAAGGCCUAUGCAACGUUUAUUUGCUGGGGAGCCAGAAAGGAGUCAGAGAAACAGUCUUACAGAUCAUAUAAGAUAAAACAUUUUGAACAGGAUGAAGGUUUGCGCCAAAGUAACAAACUGAACAACAAAGAUGUUAAUGGAAGUACCAAUGAUCAUCAGCAUAAGAGAAAAUCGGGAUAUGAACAGGCAGGGCAUUCAGUGUUGAGUUUUGGUGACAGUCUCACUUGUGGAGGAAAAACUGUAGCUUCUGCCAAUGGAACACCUGACUCUUUGAAAAAAGAUAAACAAGAGGAGAGAAACACAGAGCGCAUGUCCCAAACUCAGAGAGUUCGUUGUGGAGACCAGAUGGCUGCACUAGCAAUUCUUAAAUCUCAGGGUGAAAAUCCAUCCUGCCAGGUUCGUGGGAAAGGUAGUGAGGGUGAGAGUCAUGCUGACAUCAGAUCCAGGAAAAGAGUUUUAUGUUCACCAGAAACAGAUUUACCUCAUGAAUGCAACUUUCCCCCGGUUACUGAAUCUGCUGAUGCUAAAGAAAUAUCUGAAGAAGAAAAUGCAAAUUCUGGUGCCUCAAAAUACUUUGUAAGAGUUCAAAGUCACAAAAGGCAACACUCAUCUCCGACAUUUCCACAAUUGAGGCGAAUAAGAGUCCCAUGGACGACUGCAGAAGAAGAGGCAUUAAAGGAGGGGAUGCGCAAAUUUUCUACUCCUCAUGACAGAUUGCCAUGGAAGAAAGUUUUGGAAUUUGGCGCAAACAUUUUCAACGAAAGUCGUUCAACAGUAGACCUUAAGGAUAAAUGGAGGAAUCUCAGCAAAGCAACCCCAAAGCCCUGAUGAAGUUUUACCCUUACGUGAGCUUUUCUGCAGGUUUUGUAAUUUUCAUGCAGGUAUAUAUGCCUAAGAGUAAUAGAUUAUUCUGAAUUCUGGUGGCUAUACUUUGAAGCUCAAUCACCCUUAGGCUUCGGUCCUCCCUUAUUAUAACUUGGAUUACUCUGAAUAUGAGGAUAUGUCAUCUUUUUGGAUCUAGUGACUCAGGUUAGGGACGUAGACCAUGAGCAGCAAUUUUGUAAAUACUUAAUGAAUUGAAUUGAGAUUUCCAUUAAAUGAGCUGUUUUCAUCUUUUGUUGAUCCGAAAUGAAUUGAAAUUCCAAUUUUACUUGAAUUAUUGUUAUCAAUUGUUUAAUUGGAUGCCAAACUGAUUUAAUGUUGUUGGGUAUGGUAAAUAGUGAAAUAAUUUAGUUUAAUUCAGUUUGGUAAUCGAUAAACCAAAAUUUAACAUACACCACUCACGGAACUGCUGUGCUCCAAAGUCCAACACUUGGAUGCUUAAGUCUUUCUGUUCCUAUUUUAAAAACAGUUAGGAAAUCUAGUCUGAUAAAUUAGGGGCUUGUGUUUUUGGUUUAUGUGAAUUUUCCAAAUGUGGUAUUUUCAUCUGCUUUUUUUUUUAAUUCAUAUACAUUUUAAAAGCAUUUUCUAACAAAAGAUUUACAUGAUAAAAUAUAGAUAUUUCUUCACCACUGAGUCAGUGCUAACCUGUACACAACAUAAAUAUUUGAUACGUACAUAUGAAUAAAAUGUAAAAUACUUGAGAAACUUUGUGCAUAACAUAAAAUAAACAAUGCAUGUUGAUUGGAUUUUAUGUAAUUGAGUAUGAGCCCUCUUGAGA